AUGCAUCGAGCAUGGUUUACCAGAACCGCGGUCGACACAUCUUCCGGCUGCCGGAUCACCGAAUUCCCCGGUUCCGCGAUUUCCUUGCUCGCAGCUCGCCGCCGGCCUCUUCUUCCCGACCAUUAUCUGGCACCUCUCGGCGUUAUGCUUGCUCCUGACCUGUCCGUGGCCGUAACUGUCGAAGAACCGCUGGUUCCUGCUGAGGCUGCCUCCAAUCAAGCAGGCAAGAGUUCCACGAAAGAUAAGACGGCACUGAAUGCAGAUGGCCAGGAAAAGACCAAGCCCAAACGAAACAAAUAUCCAGAUAUCAGCUACGAAAAGUACUGCAAAGCCAUCCUCUGCAACGCCUCAAAGGAGUCAAGGGAGUUUUCUCAGCACGAUCUGAAGACCAAGUGCAGUAAAUGUGAUUUUCAGAACUUAAUUUGCGAACCGGACACAGACAAUCCUUGGCGCUGCGAGUCAUGUUCUGAAUGUGGUAUUACAUGCUCUUGGAAGAAGACAUUCAUCGUCAGGUAUACGUCUAGGAAUCUCGGGCUGUCCACCAAAGAAGCCCAGCAGCGGUACGAAUGGGGUGGUGGGCGCGCUGCUCGAGGCCAGCGAGCGGAAGAGGGCCGAGAGGAGGAACGCUAUGGAAAGGCGAGGGCAACCACACGAAAAUCAGGAUACACCCCCGUCAGUGUCGCAGCCCGCUCAAUCAGGAUCAAAGCAAAACUUGAUCAGAGCGUCGCGGAGUGCAUCACAGACAAGGAAUCUUCCGCGAAAAGUAACGCAGCUCUAGAAGUCUCAGCCCCAGGUUCGGCUUCAUUACCCAUCAAUCCACUCCCCGUUCAAACCCUUCUCAAAGUCGAACCCAAAGUAAUGAAGGAACCUCCCCAGGUCAGCAUCGAGUCUGUUGACGAGAAAGAUUACAAGGAGGCAGUCGAUAUGGUCUUGCAGCGUGCGUUGAUGGAGAAGAACACCGCAUGUCUUGCUCUCGCACGUCUGGAAGAGGAUAUGAAGCAGAAGAGUGAAGAGCUGGAGAAAGCAAAAGGGUCGAUUUCGAACCUUGAACAAGAGAAAAUGUUGAUCAAAGAGCAACUGGCUCACAAAACCGAGGAAUGCGGCCAACUACGCACCAAGCUUGCUGAAGCGGAAACACAAGCAACCACACAAACGACCGAACUGAAGAAGCUAUUAGCUACUUUCAAUCGCCAGAUGGUAGCGACAUUGAUACCCAAGGCUGCAACUCCCCCAGCCUAA